AUGGCGCCUGCAGGGAGAGGGAGAAGACAGGCCAAGGCGGCGGGUCAGCAACGCCGCCGUCGCCGGGGAUCCCUGCCCAGCCCGGCCCGACAAAUAGUGAAUACAGACCUGGACCUGCGGCCGCUGCUCUGGGUCCGCAGCCUCACAGGGGAGCGGCUUCCGGUGCUGCCUGCGUCAUCUCCGCGCGUCCCUCCGGCGCCCAGCGUAGGGCGGAAGCGGCUGUACUUCCGACCCCCGCCCGUCCGGAAACAGCAACGAGUUAUCCUAGAUGAAGACUGGCUCAUUCGCUGGACUAAGCCUCAUUGGUCUGGGCUGCCCUUGGAGGCCACGGUGACGUCCACGGCCGGUGCUGUUGCUGGAGGCCGCGUUGAUGUCAGCGGAUUGUGCAGCUGUCUGAGGCCAUUUGGAGGCUCAAAGUACUUGCUGCAGUCCCUGUCAGCUGGAGUUAUCCGACAUCCUCUUGCGCAUAGCUUGGAUCUGAACCAAAUAAAUUCCGAAGCCCUGAAAUCGCUCACAGACAACAUGCAGGUGACUCUCUGCAGACUUCGGACUCACCAGUGGUGCUUUAUUCUGUUUAACAUUGUACUGUUUCACGCCUUGCUCUUUGGAGCUGACUUCGUGGAGGAAUAUUUUUUACAUUCUUUGCCUCACAUAGAUAUGAAAAUUCUCGAAAUUAAGAACAAGGCAAGAAAACUGAACAUGGAACCUUUAAGAAGUCAUCCCUCCAAGUAUUACCUCUUGAGCCAGCCAGAGGUGUGUAACGGGAAGGCCGUCUUUCUGCUCUCUCUCAUCUUCAGUAGGCCAGGGAAUGGAACAAGACGGGAGCUCAUCAGGAAAACCUGGGGUAGUGUGACCAGUGUCCAAGGCUACCCAGUUCUCACCCUGUUUGCUCUGGGAAUGCCAGUGAUGGGAACUACCCAGGAAGACAUCAACGUGGAGUCUCAGAAGAAUAAUGAUAUAAUUGAAGGGAUCUUUCUGGACACUUCCGAAAACCAGACCCUGAAGGUCAUCUCAAUGACCCAGUGGGCUGUGGCCUUCUGUCCCAAUGCCCUGUUCAUUCUCAAAGCUGACGAGGAGAUGUUUAUCAACCUACCAGGCUUGGUAGAUUAUCUUCUCAAUCUGAAAGGACACUUGGAAGGUAUCUAUUUAGGAAGAGUUAUUCACCAGGCUACACCUAACAGAGACCCCCACAGCCAAGAAUUUGUCCCUCUCAGUGCGUAUCCGGAAAAAUACUACCCAGACUACUGCAGCAGUGAAGCCUUCAUAAUGUCCCAGGACGUGGCUCGGAUGGUGUAUGUGGUUGUGAACGAAGCGCCGAGCGUGGUGCCAGCUGAUGUAUUUGUAGGUAUUUGUGCUAAGUCCGCAGGCCUUGUGCCCAUCCACAGUUCAAGGUUUUCCGGGAGAAGACACAUCGCGUACAACAGAUGCUGCUACAAGUUCAUCUUCACAUCCUCGGAUGUUGCAGAUGCGGAAACCAUCCUGGCCUGGGAAGACAUGAAUGAUGGGAAAGAGUGCUCACUGUUUGAGACCUACUACGGCCUCCUUUCCUGCAAACUGCUGACAUUCCUUCACGGCUUUAAGCGCGUUCACGUGGGGACCGCAGAUGACAAUGCUGUGUAUUUGGGUGAUUAGUGUUCCCUUGCUUUGAAGUGUGUCGCUUUCAAAUUGCUGUUUUCCCACUGUGGAAGGCAACUCUCUGUCCCCAUGUGGCGUAGCUUCUCUGAGUCUUUACUCAUACUCAGCAAAGCCAUGAAGUGUUCUUAGUGCUCUGAUGUACUCAUUCUUGACGUCUGGUUUUUGAUGUUUAAGACACUUGAAUUAGCACGGUGUGAUUCUUUUCAAAGAGAAAUCUUUCGGAGAAGAGAAAAGAUUUCAUUAUAACAUGCUGUGAUGAACAUGUUAUAUAUUUUAAAUUUUUUACAUUUAUUUGUUGUGUGAGCGCAUGCAUUUGUGUAUAUACAUACAUACACACAUACAUGUGUGUAUCACAGGGCAUGCAUAGAGGUCAAAAGACAAAGAGCAGGAAUCAGUUCUCUCCUUCCAACAUGUGGGUUUUAGGAAUGGAACUCAGACCAUCAGAUUUGACAGCAAUCACCCUUACCCCGAGUCACAUCACUGACCUAUACAAGUAAUCUACAGGCAUAGUACAUUCUGACAUGCUGACAUUCAUUCAUUUAACAUAUAUGUUUCCUUACAUACUCUUUUUGGUUAAAAGUUUGUGGUAAAAAAAAAUGUGUUCUUCCACAGUGGUGGUGCACACCUUUAAUCCCAGCACUCCAGCCAGCCUGGUUUACUGAGCAAGUUCCAGGACAGCCAUAGCUAUACAGAGAAACCCAAACCCCAAACCAAAACCUAAACCAAAACCAAAACCAAAACCAAACAAACAACAACAAAAAGAAAGAAAGAAAGAAAGAAAGAAAGGAAGGAAGAAAGAAAGAAAGAAAGGAAGGAAGGAAGGAAGGAAGGAAGAAAGAAAGAAAGAAAGAAAGAAAGAAAGAAAGAAAGAAAGAAAGAAAGAAAGAAAGAAAAGAAACCCACUCUGGGAGGAUUGCUGUGAGUUUGAUGUCAGCCUAGUCUACAAAGUGAGUGACUCUAGGACAGCCAGGGCUACACAGAGAAACCCUGCCUCAAAAAACAAAGGGAGAAAAAAUUGUUCUCCUAUCAGCUUUCACACACACACACACACACACACACACACACACACACACACACACUCAUUACUGUGAUGUAUAAUAGAUUUCCUGAAGUUAUUCCUCUCAAACUGAAUUUGUUUGGUCCCUUGAAUGACAACCCUCUACCCACCUACCAGAAUCUAGAAACCAUUAUUCACUGUGUUUGGCAUUUUUACACUGCAUAUGUGAGUAAAAAUAUGGUUAUUUGUCUUUUGUGCUUGGACUGUUUUCACUUACCAUGAGGUUCUCCUUGUUCUGUGUUGGUGCAAAUGACAGUUCUUUCUUUUCUUCCUUUCUUUCUCCCGUUUUUGGGGGGGAGGUGCUUUUUUUUUUUUUUUUUUUAAGACAGGGUUUCUCUGUGCAGUCCUGGCUGUCCUGGAACUCUGUA